CUUCUUUCAACAGCAACAGACAGUCAGACACCUCGAUAGCUUGAUAGACAAAAUAGACGAACCAAUAAAGCUCUUUAGACGCUUUAGUGUAUAUUAGCCACUGUAUUUUAAAACCACUUCUGUCGCCUAGUUAGUUAUCCGUUUUAAUUUCAUAUUUACGGUGUUGUAGUUAUUAGUCAGUUAGCGGGCUGGUUAAGUUAGCAUUAGCCUAGCUAGCUAACAUCUCCAACCAUGAGGUCACUAAGCUACUCUCUUGUUAAUGAAGAGAAGGACUGCUGGACGGAGAAAGAAGCUCUCGUCAAAGAGGAGAAGGAAGAGAAGGAUAUCACAGUAAAACAAGAAGUAGAGGGUGAGGCUGUUACAGUGAAAGAAGAAGAUACAGACAUUUCAGUGAAAGAAGAGGAAGACGCGUUCAGAUUGAAAGAGGAGGAAUAUGUUACAGUAAAAGAAGAGGAGAAAGAGGAGGAUGCAGUUUAUGGAGUGAAAGAGGAGGAGGGGGAGAUGACUGUCUCAUUGAAAAAGGAGGUGGAAGAAGAGGAGGAAACUGGAUUUCUGGACUCGGUUUCCCAAACGCAUCUUAACAAUGGUUCUAACGAUGAACGGGCCCUGGUUAACACAAGAGAGAGACGGGACAGUCGUGGAUCCUCUGGGGAGCCUCAACAACCUCAUGAUGCUGAAGAAGCAGAGAAGAGUCUCUCCAGAUCAGAACGCCUCAAUAAACACCUGCAGAGAUCCACAGGGAAGAGAACUCACUGCUGCUCUGACUGUGGGAAGAGAUUCACCUCAUCAGGCAUUACAAUUCAUCAGAGAAUCCACACAGGAGAGAAACCUUAUUGCUGUGUUCAAUGUGGGAAGAGUUUUACUACAUCUGUCUCUCUGACUUUACACCAGAGAAUACACACAGGAGAGAAACCUUAUAGCUGUGAUCAAUGUGGGAAGAGUUUUAGUACAUCUAGCCCUCUGAGAGUGCACCAGAGAAGACACACAGGAGAUAAACCUUUUAGCUGUGAUCAAUGUGGGAAGAGUUUUACUACAUCUGGCUCUCUGACUUUACACCAGAGAACACACACAGGAGAGAAACCUUAUAGCUGUGAUCAAUGUGGGAAGAGUUUUACUAGAUCUGGCCAUCUGACAGUACACCAGAGAACACACACAGGAGAGAAACCUUAUGGCUGUGAUCAAUGUGGGAAGAGUUUUACUAGAUCUAGCUAUCUAACUAUACACCAGAGAAUACACACAGGAGAUAAACCUUAUAGUUGUGAUCAAUGUGGGAAGAGUUUUACUAGAUCUAGCUAUCUAACUAUACACCAGAGAAUACACACAGGAGAUAAACCUUAUGGCUGUGAUCAAUGUGGGAAGAGUUUUACUAGAUCUGGCCAUCUGACAUUACACCAGAGAACACACACAGGAGAGAAACCUUAUAGCUGUGAUCAAUGUGGGAAGAGUUUUGUUCAAUCUAGCCAACUGACAGUGCACCAGAGAACACACACAGGAGAGAAACCUUAUAGCUGUGGUCAUGUGGGAAGAGAUACUCUGGUAAAAGAUCUCUGAUCAAACAUCAGAAAAUACAUGAAGGAGUUUUUUCAUGAUAUUAAUUAAAUAAUGUCACAAUGUAGAUUAUUUUAACAUUGUAGUAGGAGUAUUUUAAUGAAUGUCAAUGUAGAACCCUAAAUGUUUGCCCCCUGUUCAAUUGAUUUUACCCUCAGGGAAAAUCCAGGCUCUGAAUUGAAAGAGUUACUAUUUAUGUGAUUUAACAAAAAGUGACUAACAAAAAAGAAUUGUGUUACACUUACCACGUUGGUGACCCACUGGAAUCACAAUGUAGCUAGCUGUUUACCACGUUGGUGACCCACUGGAAUCACAAUGUAGCUAGCUGUUUACCACGUUGGUGACCCACUGGAAUCACAAUGUAGCUAGCUGUUUACCACGUUGGUGACUCACUGGAAUCACAAUGUAGCUAGCUGUUUACCACGUUGGUGACCCACUGGAAUCACAAUGUAGCUAGCUGUUUACCACGUUGGUGACCCACUGGAAUCACAAUGUAGCUAGCUGUUUACCACAUUGGUGACCCACUGGAAUCACAAUGUAGCUAGCUGUUUACCACGUUGGUGACCCACUGGAAUCACAAUGUAGCUAGCUGUUUACCACGUUGGUGACCCACUGGAAUCACAAUGUAGCUAGCUGUUUACCACGUUGGUGACCCACUGGAAUCACAAUGUAUCUAGCUGUUUACCACGUUGGUGACCCACUGGAAUCACAAUGUAGCUAGCUGUUUACCACGUUAGUGACCCACUGGAAUCACAAUGUAUCUAGCUGUUUACCACGUUGGUGACCCACUGGAAUCACAAUGUAGCUAGCUGUUUACCACGUUGGUGACCCACUGGAAUCACAAUGUAUCUAGCUGUUUACCACGUUGGUGACCCACUGGAAUCACAAUGUAGCUAGCUGUUUACCACGUUGGUGACCCACUGGAAUCUCAAUGUAGCUAGCUGUUUACCACGUUGGUGACCCACUGGAAUCACAAUGUAGCUAGCUGUUUACCACGUUGGUGACCCACUGGAAUCACAAUGAAACACUCCAAAAUGUUUAGGUUUUCAAUAUAUCCCAAACUGUGUCUGCAUAUUGGUUAUUGAUUUGGACACGUUAAAACUGUGUUUUGAUAUUGCACUAUUCCCAUUUAGCAAAAUGUCAUUCAAUUUUAUUAACAAUCUGACAUCACUCCAGUAUUUCUUGACAACAUUCAAAUGCUAAUUGUCUUUAUUCCACUACUGAAGAAUCAUGACUCAAAUCACCUCAUAUAUUCAAACAUUCAGCCUGAUAAAAUAUACAUGUUUUAUUAUUCCAUGCCUCACCAUUAAGUUAAUUAUUGCCAAUACAUAUUAACAAAGGGGUGAACAUUUGGUUUUGAUAUUUCAUAUUAUGUAACAUUUAGUAAUCAUAGUUAUUCAUGCAACCAACUUGACAUUUUUGGGUACAAUUAUAUUGACAUUGUUACCCUGCUUUUAUAUCCAACAACAUGCCUAUCUAGUGAACCCUGAAAAGAGAGAGAAGCUCCGCAGUGAGGUGGAAAGUUACUACUGAUAUCGCAGGAGUUUCCUCUUGAAAUCAGACAUGUCUGUGUUAAGGAGAACCUGGUUGCUGAUUAUCUCAAGGGUGGGCAGUCAAAUAGAUUUGUGUUUUGCAUUUAGCCAGUGAGUUACCAUGAUCACAAUUUAUUUUGACACGUUUUUCCCGUGUUGGAGAUUAGUUUUAUCUCUUAUUCUUUUCUGUGUUUUUUUGAAACGGCACUGUUAAGGGCUCGUAAGUAAGAGUUCCAGUGUUGUAUCCGGCGCAUGUGACUAAUACAAUUUGAUUUGAGUUUUGUUUGGGCUCGUUCCAAGGGGACGAGAGUUCUAGAAGCUAGUGGGUUUUAGGGAGACGAGAGUUCUAGAAGCUAGUGGGUUUUAGGAAGACGAGAGUUCUAGAAGCUAGUGGGUUUUAGGGAGACGAGAGUUCUAGAAGCUAGUGAGUUUUAGGAUUCUAUGGAAAGAAAAAUGAUUAAAAAAAUAAUACGAUUGUAUAUUAUUAUUUAGAAGAAUGUGUUUUUUCUUGUUUUUAAAUGUUGACAGCCAGUAGACACUAUGUUUAUAUUGUAGAAGGUGAAGCAUUGUAGAUGAUUAUGUGAAAUGGAAGUUGUAGAGAUACUCUGAAUGAUUGGCUAUGAAAAGCUAACUGACAUUUACUCCUGAGGUGCAGAUCUGUUGCACCUUCGACAACCACUGUGAUUAUUAUUAUUUGACCCUGCUGGUCAUCUAUGAACGUUUGAACAUCUUGGCCAUGUUCUGUUAUAAUCUCCACCCGGCACAGACAGAAGAGGACUGGCCACCCCUCAGAGCCUGGUUCCUCUCUAGGUUUCUUCCUAGGUUCUUGUCUUUCUAGGGAGUUUUUCCUAGUCGCCGUGCUUCUACACCUGCAUUGCUUGCUGUUUGGGGUUUUAGGCUGGGUUUCUGUACAGCACUCUGUGACAUCAGCUGAUGUAAGAAGGGCUUUAUAAAUACAUUUGAUUGAUUGUACAACUGAAUGCAUUCAACUGAAAUGUGUCUUGGGUGCACUGAUUGGUGUCACCUCGUUAGUCAGUAUGUGUUACACCUGUGCUGGCUUGUCCAUCUCGUUAGUGGGAAGGUGUUUCACCUGAGCUGGUCCAGGUUCUAUUUAAGAGUGUCUGGCCCAGUAUUCCAGUUGUCUUGAUAGAUGUGGAGAGUCAACACCUUUAGUUGCUCCACCUUUUUGGUUUGCUUCCUGUCUUUUAAGUUUGGUGUGGGUUUUUCUUUUGUUUGCCUCUUCUUGGGCAGAUUUAGUGGUUCUCAUGAUGGGUGUCUUUUAGGUCCCAGUUGUUGUUACUAGUCAACUUUCAUUGGACACCCCAUAGUGUCUUUCAGAGCCCCUCCUAAAAAACAAGCUUAUAUUUUGGGUUGGAUAUUGCAUCCAAUUCAUAUUUUAAUCAAUGGCAUUUCCUUAGGAUGCUCAUUAGUCUUUCAGUUGUUAGUCUUCUGUUUGUUGUGUACUAAAUAUUUCAUUUUUUUAUUUGUUUUUUUCUGUGAAGCCAUUGUGUUGCAUCCAUGUCUAAAAUGUGCUGUAUAAAUAAAUCUUGAUUUGAUUUCAACAAAUGAACCCAAUGACUGACCAAUC